GUUUGUACGCUGGUUCCACACUUCAUAGCUUGAAGGUAUCUCCUCCAAAGGAUUGUUUAGAGCAGGAAAAGGAAUCAAAACGUAGUAGUAGGCCAAGAAGAGGAAGCGAUCUUCCCUCUUCCAUCGGGAAAUCGCCAAUUUGCUAUCCACACUUACCAUGGACUCUGUGGAAGUAAGUAAUGAGUAGAGAUCACGUCAAGCAUGCUGUUGUUGUCGUUACGUACGGCAAGCACUCGCCUCUGUGCAAACAUACUCGCAGUCUUAGGCUUAUUUCGUCGCCUUUUCAUCUUUUAUACUUCAGGCAAAAAGGCCAGGUAUUAAUCCUGCCCCUGCUACCAGUCAUCCAGACCCAUUUAAUCGAAAGUCUGUGAGGAAACCGCAGAAAUCUCAACAGAAAAAGCAGCAAGGAUCGUCAAGGUUUCGGUCUAAACCAAGCUUUGAAAUUCAACCUCUUGGUGCUUUGAAAGGUGGGUGGCAAACUGACCGUAAAGCAGACCUCAUUCCUCGUUGGUUAACUCUUACAUAUUUUAAAUCUAAAUUUUUAUCCUAAAUAACCGUUUUGUUUACAAACCAGACGCAUCGCCAGCCGAGCAGCAGGAAUUGUUCAUCAAGAAACUACAGCAGUGCUGUGUAGUCUUCGAUUUCAUGGAUCCAGUUAGUGAUCUAAAGGGGAAAGAGAUUAAGCGAGCAUGUUUAAACGAACUUGUGGACUAUAUUGCAUCGGGUCGUGGAGUCCUCACUGAGCCGGUGUAUCCAAAAAUAAUCGAAAUGGUGAGUGAGGGUCAAAAAUAGCGAUUUGUCUUAGUGUAUUGUAGGAAAUAUCGGGGAGAGAGGAUGGUUGUAUGCCCACAGUUACACAGUGCAAGCUAAAUUGGUUUGCGUCUAUCUUGUGAAGGCGUAGGGCCCUUAAACUUUCAUAUGUCCAGCUCUCAGCAGUACAUCUUUCUCUUAUUGCAUAUAUUCAAUGUUUGGAAAUAUCCUUGCGCUUGAAAAAAGAAAAGAACUAGUGUACACCGUGAAUGAUAAUCAGCAUCCGUCGCUAGCCAAUGUUGUUUUACGCAAGGCGUUAAACAAGUUAAGGAACUCACUUUUGACAAAAGAUUCAGGAGUUGAAAUUUAUUGCACAUACAUCAUUACCCGUCAAACUUUGUGAAUGGAAAUGAACUUUGGAAAAUUCUAAAACGCUUCCGGACAGUUGCAGCAAAAUGCUGAUAAGUCCUCCACUUUCCUUGCCGGGGUAUUAAAUAUGUCUCCCAAUGUAAAUAUCAUUCCCUGCAAUGUUUGCUUUGUACACUCAACUACGGCUAAAAGUGCAUCUGUGAAUUGUUCCUGUACAUUCCCUCAGGUCUCCCUGCGAGAGCUCAUUUUUUUCAGUCAGUCGAACAGUAUUGAUAAAGAGAUCAGUUUACCUGAUAUUGCCGCAAACAAGGAAUAACCUAGCGAACACGUCUUACGACCAGAGUGUUUGCCAAGUCAUGUCUUGAACUUGUUAUGAUACAAAUCCCUGAGUAAUGAGACAAAUUAAACACUUGGAAGUCACCUUUUUCUCUUUAAACCUCAAUCAUGCUUUUUACCUUUCGAGAUUUUCUGAUUUUUUCUUUACCUCUUUCAAUCAACGAGUAAGAUAUUUACCGGCUGUGGAUUAAUAUUUUUACAUUCAAUUCUUCGCGUGCUUUAUUCUUGUGUUUUAUUGUACUCUUACAAUUUCUCAAGCGAAGUAAUUUGCUGCAGGGUAUUAGUGGCAUACUUCCUUAUUUUAAGUUCUUAAUUUCGAAGAAGUUUUGCAGACAUAAGCGGGGAAACCAUGACCAGUAGUGAUUUUACACUUUCAUAGUGAAUUGCACUGGUUUGUUUACAAGUUACUUUAUAUGUGCAAUUGAGAAUGUUUUGAAGUUAUGGUCAUGUAAUUUGUGUCAGUACAGAUGUCCCUUUAUCCAGAAAUCAAUUUUGGAGAAGAACAUGUACCACAACAAGGCAACAUAAUUUAUAUCUUGCUCUGCAUUGAGCAAAUUGAAAAUAUCAGUGUGUAUAAGCAAUCAAUAUGCUACAAGAUUGAUUCUGAAAAUCAGGUGUUUUCUCAAAUUACAACUAUCUAAUGAAAUUUAUCUCCAAAACUACACUUGAUGUAAUCACUGCAAAAAAUCAUGAAUGAGUGAGGGAUGUUUGAAGUGGAAUAGAUUAUAUCGGAUGGAAAUACAGACAGAUCAUUCAGAGUUAAUACCUUCUGUCCAUAGUAAGGCUUAUCAUGUACUCUGAGAUCAACAAACAUUUUCUCCACUGAAAACACUAAAAUUUUGAAAAAAGAUAUUGGUAAAUAUUUAUUUUGUCUUUCUUGACAGGAAGACCAAUGUCUAUAGGUGUUUUUUUCAGAGGAUAAUUGAUUCCGUGAAAUGAAUUUGUUCACUUCUAAGUCUCCUGAUUUUCAGAGUGAUAAAUUGUUGUUAUGUUUCAUAGCAUUUUUUGGUUAAAACUUUAGUGUUAGAAACUCUCCAUCAAUGCUUUGCACUUGAGGCAAAUGGCUUCAUUGAAUUAUAUGCAAGUAAAAUAAUUAUAAUUGUCCAAAGUAGCUCACAGCUGGUGAACAUAUUGAAUUGUUUGAUAUCACCCACUGCUUCUCUGCUAGGUUUUUAUAAGUAGUAGAUGGUAUUUGGAGUUUAGGUACUUUCAGUUGGCAGCCUGCUCCUUGAGAAUUUCUAAGGAAUUAUGACAAUAUUCACAGAAAUUAUAAUUGAUUGGCUAGACAAAACCAUGCAAUUUUUGGUGCCUAAUAGAAAACUGAUCAAAAAGAUCUUCAUGAGAAAACCAAUAUUACUUUCUUAACAUGUUCUUUUAUCUUAUGGGAAGAGCAUCUAAUUAUUCAACUUGGCUCUGGACUGAGCCAAAUCAAUUCAAAUCAUCUUCAAUAGGCAUACAAAUGGCUUUGUGUUUCUUCAGUUUUAGUUCAAAUGUGUAUCCUAGUGUUUAUGUAACCUCUCCGACUUCGCUACUCUCACCAUGCAGAUCUCCCCCACAUAAGUAAGGAAAGUGUUGUAGUUUAUGAUUUCGAACAACCUAUGAUGAUCCUUAAUACCAGAAUUAUUCGAGUAGGGAACCCUUUACUCAGGAACUACCUCCCUUCAGUACUUCCCAUCAAGUGCUACUCCCUCAGUGCAGUAUCUUGAGUCUCCAAUGAGCAACCACUUCUCUCAAUUUGUCUCUGGCACCAACUUGGUAAUGAGAUGUUCACUGCAACACAGAUGUGUCACCUUGAUCUUGUAGAAUUGCCAUGAAUAGGUGUAUUCUUGAGUAAAUUGUUUUGGCAGUAUAGAUGAAGUUUUUUUAAAGUAUUUGUAUGGUAAGACCAUAGUAUAUGGACGUGUAUUCCCCCUCCAAGCCCUGGUGGGUACUUAAGUGUGUGACAACCUUGGCGAUCUUUUUCUCUUAGAUGUUUAGUGUUUUCUUACCACAAUACAAGAAUGAAUUUCUUUUUUCCAAAUAAUUUUUUAUAUGAGAUUGCAUGCACAUUUACUUAGGUAUUGAUUAAAGAGUUUUUACGAUUUAAAGAUAGAUUAGUGUUUCAAGGAGGAAAGCAAGGUGUGCUAUGUUCUCUAUUUCUCUUUCCCCCCUUCCUGACCAGGCCUGCCUUUCAUUUUGACCUCGUAUAUAAACAACUGUCUGUCCUGUUUUUCUCUAGUGCCCACCUACAGUUGGAUCAGUUGAAAUGUACAUAGAAAAAUUGUGAAAUUACCAAAAAUGCACAAAUACCUAAAUUUCAGAGUAAAGAACAAAGAACUUUUUAGAAGCUCAAGCAUUAGCUUACACUAAAAUUAUCAGCUGGUGAUGUUCAUCACAUCAGCUGUUCAGGUUAUUUACCCCGUCAUUUUAUCGGCUGGUUUUUUUGUCAGCCUGGAUAAACAUACAUUAUAUUUUCACCUCCUGAUUUUCCUUGGUCCCAAAACAAGUGAUGUGUAAUGCUUAUUCUAAGAGUUUAAUUUUUGAAGCUUGAGGGAAAUCUUUGUUUUCUCAUCAACAUUGUGGCUUGUUUAUCAGCAAUGCAAGAAAAAUGGGGCGUUACAGGUAGAUGGGUUAAAUUGAAAGGAAUCAAAAAUGGGACAUCUGAGCAACCUCAAAAGAAAAGGUCCAUGCAACUUUUUUUCCCAAGGGUAAUUUUUGAAGUGUCAAUCAAGAAGCUUGACAAAUCUUGUUUGUAUUUAAGGGAUCGUUAUUGUCACAAAGCAACGGGAAUAAGCAAAAACAUGGUGAUCCAGUCACGUGAUUAAAACUUCCUUUUGUGCCUUAAUAGGUUGAUGCAAACAUUUUUCGUACUCUACCACCGUCUGACAAUCCAGACUUUGAUCCUGAGGAAGAUGAUCCAACUCUAGAAGCUUCUUGGCCUCAUUUGCAGGUGAGAUCUAUAUUCAUGUUCAUUGUAAGCUGGUCAAAGCAGUAUGUUUUUAUCCUGGUCUGAGGUACAUGCAAUUUUUUCAAGUUACUUUGGUAGUUUUAUACUUGUUCCAACGUGCUCUGGAUUAAAGUGGUCCAGGUUUGAGCCCAUCCUGAGGUCAGUGCAUCUAUUCUUAGAAACAUUUCCCUUUCUCGAGGUCUCAUUUAGUAGUAAAAGUUUGUGGGUUUCACAUAAUUAUUAGUUAGCUGGUGACAGUAUUUGACAUACCUUCUGAUAUGUACUAGUUAGCAUUUUAGCCAAGAGAGACGUUAAAACUCUCCAGUUGCUUCACAUGUGGGCUAGUUUAUCAAGAUUAUGAACUUUGUUUCUGAGGAGUUUAGGCCAAAUGUAAUGAGUGCUUUUUGGAAAAGGUAGAAUUUGUCUUUCUUGGAAGGAAAUCUCUAUAUAUUGGUUUCCCUUGAAGGGCAAACAUUGGAAGAAGCAGCAAUUUAGCAAAAUUGAUUUUAAGAAUAGUGAUCCUUUAACAGGAUGACAAAUAAUGACCUUGAAAAAUGCAGGGAAGAUGUUUUGUUCAAACUAUGAUGUACCUCUGUAAAAAUUUUAAAAAAAUGUGUUUUGAGACAAAAGGGUGCACUGCUGAAAUAUUGUUACCAUUUUUUUUGCCAUUAGAAACUCUCCCAAACUAUGAUUUUUUGUGUAUUUUCCAAAGUAAAGAUAAAGAAAUAAUACCCUUUUACCAAAAAUUCUCUGUACAGUUACAUCAAUUUGUUUUCACUUGUUGAAGGCAUAAUGGUGCAUGUGAAAAAAUUUAUUUCAGUGACAUUUUGAAGAAAAUAAUGUUUUAAGUUCAACUCCUGUGAUUUUUAUGUAUAUUCUUUGGCUUUUAGAUAUUGAUUUAAGUGGCAUAACAGAUUUGUUGGUUUUUAUUUGGAAAUUGUAAUGUUUCCUCAGUAUUUACUCUCUAAAUUUACAUUUUAAUUAUUUUGUACAAAAAUUUCAUUCACAUCUGAGGCAGAGCACUUUGAAAUGUGAUUGUCUUGAAUUUUGAAAUGGCAGCCAAAUAAAAUAUGUUUCUGUUAGCUGGACAUCAAACUGAUGUUACUUUUUUUAUCCUUUUUAAUAUUAUGUGUGAUAUUUAUUCAAGGUGUGAUAUUUAGGUGGUUCUCUUCUCCUGUAAUAAUUUACAUACCACUUGUGAUUAAAAUGUCACUUUGGGUGUAUGAUAAUCCAACAUUAAAUGAAAUUGAUCCUACAUUCUACUUAGGAACAUCGUCUUGGCACUAAGAAAAAAUCUUGUGGGAAAGAUUUAACAAAUAAAUAGGCAAAGAAAAACUACUUUACAGUUAGGGCCAUUUUUUUCUUUUGCUGGUUCUAGGAGGGUUACAUUUGUUUUAUUUAUUAUGAUAUAUUUUGAGUUCACCAACUGUAUGUCUAGCUUGACAAAAUUUACAGUAGUUCCAACUACACGAUUGAGAUGUCUCAUCGCAAGGAGUUCCUAAUAAAAGCAGUUGAAGUUUAAUUAAUCACAUUGAUGUUAAUUUUUUCUUGGCUGUAAAUUCCAAAUUUUGGAGGGUUGUAUCAAGUGAGAUAAUUCCAUGUUUAAUUAUAUUUCUGCCUACAUAAGUAAUUACAUGUUUGCUUGUAUUCUUAUCGUGAUAAAGUGCAACAAGAUGGAAAAAGAACUUUAACAUUGUUGAUAUUAUUUGCCUUUGCCCUUUUUUCGAAAAUCACAAUGUCCACAUUAGAUGCCUUUUUCCAUCCCCGGAAUUUUCCUUCAGUUUACAUUUAAGUAUAUUUGAAAUUUCUAACCAGGAGGUACUUUAUUAAUUGUUGUUACUUAGCUGAUCAUAAAAUUUUUAAAUCACAAAGGGCAAAAUUUCCCUGUUGAUAUCCAGUAUGAUAAAUGAUCACUAAUACAAAACUUGAAGAAUAGAUUGAUAAUUAAGGUAUUCUUCUCUCUUCUAGUGUGUGUGUGUGUUUGUUAGGUUUUUUUGUUUUCCCCAACAACCUUGUUUUUUAUGUUUUAAUUCACUCUAAAUGAAAAUGAUUAUUUAUUCUCUGACCUUUCUAAGCUCCUUGGAGAAAGUACAGGAAUAACCUUGCUUCCCAUUUUCUUUUCACUGUUUUGCAGAUAGUCUAUGAAUUCUUUCUUCGCUUUCUGGAAUCUGCUGAGUUUCAACCCACCAUUGCCAAAAAACACAUUGAUCAGAAGUUUGUUCUACAGGUAAAACUUCUUUACUACAAGUCUUUUCUCUGUCUUUUGUACAAAUCUGGUGAUUUUAGUACUGAGAAUCCAGUGUUAAUUCAAAAAGUCCCCUUGUUGAUAUUUUUCUUUCCUCUUGUUACCUUUAUCCUGUGCUGAUGUUGUAAGGAGAAAUUGCAAUCAGGGAGUGACGGGGUAAAGACGACUUGUAAAGACGCCUCGUUUUGACUUACAUACAGACUUCAAGCAAUACCACUGAAUAAAGACAUUAAAAAAAGCUAUGGGGGCAUUAUGUUAGUUUAAAUUCAUUACCAGUCGAUGGGUGUGGGCUCAUUUAAGGUUAUUGUUUGUCAAAGGCAAUCCUGUAGCAGGAGCUCCCCUAGUAGAAACUGCUAACUGGCACCAGCAUACUUGAAAGAUAAUGGUAGAAAAGUACUCUGGCAACUAGAUAUGAGCCAAUUCAAGUGUUUGUAAAGCCUAUGAGUGAAAAAGACUGUGUGAAAUGCAGGAAAUUCAAGAUCAGCUUUAAUUUCCCUGAGGACUCGUAAAAAUUCUCCCUCAUUGAAAGCAGCAGCUGUUGACAACAUUGGCUCAAGAUUGAGUCAGGCUCAUUUACAUUGCUCACAAUUUCUUAAAACUUUAUGGAUAGAGUUAUUUCCACUUUCGAAAAUAUUCUGCUGAUAAUAUAUAAUUUUUUCUUUGUAUUUUGCUAUGUAGCUUUUAGAACUCUUUGAUAGUGAAGAUCCUCGUGAAAGGGAUUUCCUCAAGACUGUGCUUCACAGGAUAUAUGGGAAGUUCCUUGGACUUAGAGCAUACAUCCGAAAACACAUCAAUCACAUAUUUUUAAAGUACGUGCACAAACUUUUUUGGCAUCUUUUGGUGGUUUGUUUUCUCAAUUCAUGGUGAAGUGUAAUGUUUUGUCAUUGCUUGAAAAGGGUUUGAGAAUUUGAUUUAUGUUGUGUUGCAGAUUUGUUUAUGAGACAGAACACUUCAAUGGGGUGGGAGAACUGCUUGAAAUCUUAGGAAGGUGAGUUUGAUAACUAUUCAUGUUUCUGUAACCUUCACAAAUCAGCUUCUCUUUUACCUUUUUUAAUUUUUUUUUUUUCGUUUUACGAUGCAACUUGAAUCAUUGGCUGAAGUUUUCUGAUACAUGAAAGGAGCAUCAUUUUUAAGAGGAGAUUAUAGAUGAAAGAUAGAGGAAAAAACCUAUGUUAUUUUGAUCAUUUACUUGUAUGGUACAUUCAGUGACAGAGCUAGAUUUUUACUCAAAUCUGUGUAACAAGUUAAGGCUGGAUAAAGCUUGGUAUUGUGGACAUAGAUAGAGUGAAACAGCUCAAAAGUUUACGUUUAUGGUUUGCUUAAUCUAAAGUUGAACAUUUGAAUUUGUCUGAGUGAAGAUGGAUGGUUGAGUUAGAUUUAGCCAUGUUCAAUUUAUUGGAAAACAAAAAUGAUUUAGUACUCAGUGAUAGGAAGAUUGUCUGUGUUUAUUUUUCAGCAUCAUUAAUGGAUUUGCACUCCCUCUUAAGUCUGAACACAAGAUGUUUUUAAACCGUGUGUUGAUUCCUCUUCACAAAGUCAAGUGCUUAGGCCUCUACCAUGCACAGGUGAGAAAACAAGAAAACAUCUAAGGAACCUUGAACAGACACCUGAAAGUUGUUGUUGAUUCCUUGUUGCACACUGGGACAGAUGAUGAAAUAUUUUCUAGCAUUCAUUACAUGGUUGCUUGUAAAUCAGUGCUUCUUUGCAUAAGAUACAUUAACACAAAGGAAUUACUUGAUGUUAUUUAAACAUAAUAUAGCCGUCUUCUAGACUUUGUAUAGCCAUGGCAGUGGUUUUACCUGUCAAAUCCCUCUUCACCUUUUCACUCGCAAGAUCUCAAUAUAAAUUAUCCACUUUAUACACCAUAGGCUUUUCAUAAUUGUACAGCUCCGAGAAUUUGUUUAGAAAUCAAACAAUAUUCUUCGGAGAUAGUUUUCCUUCUUGUCAUCUCUUUCUGUUUUAAAAUUUUUUUGAUACUGUAUGAGGAAAUUCCUCUUUGGUCAAAUUAGUAAUGAAAGGUCUAAUUUUCAUGCAGGCAUCGAUGCAUCAUAACAGGAAAAGAAGAUUGCUUACUUCUGUUUUAUUCAUUCUUGAGUAAUGAUAAGCUUAUCAAGAUAAAGGUUUCUGCAAAUCAAAUUAGGAUUGUUGCACAACUUCUAUCAUUAAACAUUUCCUUUGGCUGGAACAUCAUACAGGUGUUAGUUCUACUUAAAAAAAAAUAAUCAGACUGUUUGUGGUACCCUGUUUGUUGAUGUACCCUUUUGGUUAUUUUUACUUAUCUUUCUUGUUUGUCUGUUGAUUUCAGUUAGCGUACUGUGUUGUUCAGUUCUUGGAAAAGGAUGCCACACUUACAGAAAAUGUGAGUAUUUUUAAAUGGGAAUUUUGAUUUUUCUGGUGUUUUCAGAGGUAAUGUCUUUUUUUUUAUGUGAUGAAAGAUAAUGAUGUUCAUUCAUGAGUGAGCUUUCUGCAUACAUGGAGAAGUUUUGGAGAGUUCAUUCGUAACCCUUUAACUCCCAUGAGUGACCAAGACAGAAUUUCUCCUUACAAUAUCAUUACAAUAUCGACCAGAUAAGUGAUGAGAAUGAAGAAAAAUAUCAAUUUGGGGAUAAAUAGUUGAUCCAAUACUAAAUUUGCUGAACUAACAUCAUAGGAAUUGUAUUGUUGACAGUGAGGAGAAUUACAAAUUGGAUCUGGGAGUUAUAGGGUUAAAGUGUGACAGUUUUGCUCUCACCUCUUGGUUUGGAAACAGGGAAAAGGUCCAACACUAAUGGGUGACUAGGCUUGUUAGUGACUGUAGAAUCAGUAUGCACAUUCUUCUCCACGUUUCCUACAACACUGACUGGGAGAAUUUGUUUUAUGAUCAUGAGCUUGUUUAGAUGGUGAUUACUUCCCUCAUUCUCAUGGCCUCAAUGUCUCAUUUACCAGAGAUACUUCAAUAUUAGUCAUCCUUAGAGGUUUAAGUGUUAGAUCUGUCUGUUUCUUACAGGUUGUUUUAGGCUUAUUGAAAUACUGGCCAAAAACAAGCAGUCAAAAAGAGGUGAGGAGGAGCCUAUUGUAUCAGUGAAAUCCUUUUCUCUUUUCAAACAUCUAGUAGGGUCCUCAAAGGAAGAUUGUUUAGUAAUUGUUGUCUGUAGAUUGGGUUAUUUGUCUACCAGAAUUUCUACUCUGUAUUGCAUAACCUGUGAGAUGUUGACAAUUUUUUCAGUGUAAACAACCAUGUAAUUCAACAUGUACACUCAUUUCCUAGUUACAGUGUACAUGAGAAACUUCCCUUGUAGUCAUCUGUAGAUUUGGAAAGCUUGUGCAUGUUCCAAGUUAAGCUUAGUACUGGCCAUGUGUUGGAAGAAUUCUGGAAAGUUAUGCAAACAUUAGACCGUCUCAGGUUUGCAUAACUGUUUCCUAACCUCCUUGGUUUGUUGACGAGGCCAUGUAAACAAGGAAUCAGUCUUCUUCUGCAUAACUUGUAGAUAAUCAACUUAGUAAGGUGCAGCUUAGCAGUUUCUCUAGCGACAAAUAACUUAAUUUAUUUGAUCUUCUUUGCUCCCUGUUCAUACAAAGGCAUUCCAUUCGUAUUAUAGGUGAUGUUCUUAGGCGAGAUUGAAGAAAUUCUAGAUGUAAUAGAUCCAACCCAGUUUCAAAAAGUAAUGGAACCGCUGUUUAAAACUAUCGCAAGAUGUGUGUCAAGUCCUCAUUUCCAGGUAAGUAUGCUGGGAACUUAAGCCUGCAAGCAGGCAGUCAGCGGUGCAGUGCCUUGAACAGCGCAGCAGCGAGAGACGAAGCAGCUCGUGUUGUAGGAAGUGCAUGUCAUUCUCGUGUGUGCCAGUAAAGACCUCCACAAUUGUGCUAAUGGGCGAGACGUGAAAUUGAUCUAAAGUCUCGCCCUUGGGAAUCCGGCUGUCGACAAGACUGCUUAGAUUAUCUCUGUUCAAAUACAACAAUGCAGCCAAAAGCAAGGAUUACGCCCAAUAACAAAGGGAGUGGCGUCUCACACGCUGUGAGAAUUUUGUCAAACCUUUCUAGUAAGCUGUUAAUGCUGUAGCAAGGCAAUUUGCACAUGCGCAACUAUUCCCUAUUAGGGCAUCACGACUGCGUUUACAAACCUCUUCUAAAUUCACCCAUCGUAGGAUUGUUUCCUUAGCUUCACCGUGAAUGAGUCCAAACUUUCCGAGUAAAAGUCAGUGGCAAAUUAGCAAUAACAACAACAACAGAAACAAAACAAUAAUUUAAACGUAGCAUGUUACCGUAUUCCUUUCAAGGGAAAUAAUUUUUUUUUGGGGGGGGGGGGGGCUAACUCCAGCCUGAAGGGAAAAGCCGGUGAUUUCUCGUAAGCGCGCACAGUUUACGCGUAAACCAGGCAUAGUAAGGAUGUGCAAUGCAAAAUAGCCUUAAAACUUGGGGGGUCGGGAGAAUGGACACAGACUCUACUAGUGGCCUCUCUAAAGAAAAAUAACUCGUGACACGUUUUCUCUAUUUACUUUUCAGGUCGCCGAGCGAGCGCUUUACUUCUGGAAUAACGAAUAUAUUAUGAGCCUUAUUGAAGAAAACUCGAAUGUCAUCUUGCCGAUCAUGUUUUCAUCCCUCUAUAGGAUAUCCAAAGACCACUGGAAUCAGUAAGUGUUAGAACCAUUGUGACGCUGUUAUUAUCGUGUACUCUCUUCUUUGUGCGGGCUGCGUGGAAUCGUUUCAAGUUUCGGGAUCGUUUCCCUUUAAUCCUUAACCUCCAAGCGUCGUUAAUCUUGUUGAGAAGGAUUAUUAUAAACAAUUUAAUGUGUCUGGCAACAAACUUAUACCACACCUCUUGACUUAAGACUCGAGUUGUUAAGGUACACGCCAAUUCAAUUUUCUGGCGCAGUCGUGGUGCGGGAGACUGAGGUAUUAGUGAUGAGGAUCAAUAUCCUUAACACCGAGCUGUUUUAUAGCUGACAACCAUAUCGAGAAAAGGUAUUCCCGGCUUAAAGCGCAACCUCAGGAAGGCGUGUUAAAAUCCUAGACAAACCCUUUUGGAUUUUUUAUCCUGGAUUAUUGCUAAUCACUCUUUAAAAAAACAACAACAACAGACAUCAAAGAUUAACAAUCAGCACGGGUGCUGGUGUCAAUCUUUGUCUGAUUCUCCGCUAACGAAGUGUCGUUACAUUAGUAGUUGAAAUUUAAACGAGGAGGGUUUGAGGUUUCACGGUUUUGACGCUGAAGUUGUUCCUGAGUCUGUCGCAAUUCGUGAAAAAUCAACCUUUCAAGUAAUCAGCAGAAAAGUGAUAAUGAUAUGCGUUCGUUGACUUGAAUUGAUUGAUUGAUUGAUUGAUUGAUCGAUCGAUGAUUGAUUGACUGACAUUGAUUGAUCGGUUGAUGACUGAUCUUUUGAUUGUCUGAUUGAUCGACUUAUAGCGAGAAAUUAAUAGCUCUCGUGUUGUUAUUUAAUUUGCUUUGUGUCACCAUUUAAUAUUUCUUAGUGCAAUAAACCAGAUGAUAAAAAGCGCUAAAUGCCGAACUGGCUUCUUUUCCUUUAUAGGACCAUCGUGGCCCUCGUUUAUAACGUUUUGAAGACCUUCAUGGAAAUGAAUUCAAAACUGUUUGACGAGCUAACAUCUUCGUAUAAAAGCGAUAGACAAAAGUAAGAGUAGUUUCUUAUUUUAUAAUGGUUUAUGCGUUUUCCUCUGGCAGGAGCCCAUUAAGUGAUGGACUCCUGCCAGAGGAAAACGCUGAACAAUGGGCUCCAGCUUCUGGUUAUUUUUUUCUAUUGUUUUUGGUGAUAAAAAAGAAAUGGAACAAGGCAGUGAUUAAGAGCUGAUUCGUAAUUCUACUUUCAAGCUUGAAAGAUACAUGCAGAAAUUUCAGCUUGAGAGCGUGUGAAUUUGUCCAAACAGAAUAGGAAGUUGAAAUUGAGUGCAGAGGGUUAAGGUAGUAAUGUGUUAUUGAAUUCUUAUCUUAUGAAUUUUUUUUUCAACAUGGUUUAAAAAAAAACGUUUGAGAUGUAAAAUAUGAAAUAUAAAAUGUGAUAAAUUCAGUGAAUGAACUCAGAGAAUAUGGUUACUCAACCUACCUUCACGAUUAGACUGGUUCUAAAUUUUUGUUUUGUUUUGUUUUGUUUUCAUUUGAAAAGGGAAAAGAAAAAAGAGAAAGAAAGAGAUGAGCUAUGGAAGAGACUUAGUAAGUUGGAAUUAGAUUCCAAAAACAAGUCAACUUCCUCGGUGUCCAGUCCCGCGGGUUCCAGCCUUAGUAUCUCGACCAGUUCGGGAUCCGGGUCAGCGACGAAGAGCUGAGCUAGCGGUCAGACCUUCUCCGACAUUUUGAUUUGUGUGACAGUGUUUUUGCAACACUCCGUUCACCAGUGUCUGAAAGAAAUUAUUAAUUUCCAAUUUGAGGAAGUUGAACUUCGACUUGCCACACGUUCUUCGAGAAAGCACGAAAGAAUUUAUUAAUUUAAGAUGUCGUAUAUUGUUCAGACUACUUGAGAGUUGUUGCGUACCCGUCUGUUAAAAAAAGUAGUUACCUCGGCGGAGGUCGGUCGGUGAAAUGAGCUCCGACAAGCGCCAUUUUAUCGUGUAGGUUGUUUAAUGCGCUUUGUCGGCUCACCUACCCGUCGUUGCUGGGCAUGCGCAGUCGAUCCAUGUUCAUAUGGUGGGUGGUCUGGUCUUGUCAUACUUGGUAGCACAGUAACCAUGGUAACGUUUUCUUGUAUAUGACCGGCGUAGAGUGGUGAUUCUCCAUAGCUGGUUACCCCUGUAAGCCUGUAUGAAAUCAAAGCUUAGGAAGAAAUAACGUGUAAUCAAUUUCUGUAGAUAGCCCCUUUCUUGACGGGAAACCUCGGCUGUGAAACAGUUUUAAUUAAGUGGUGGCCUCUUUAAGACAGAUUGUUGUGGCUUGCUAGAGAAAUAUUGUAAAGGGAAAGUCAUUUUUGUUUUUAUCCUGGAGUAAUAUUACGGCAAAAAAGUUGUACCCCCUGUUCACUAUGCACCUCUUUAAAAGCAUUGGAGUUCUUUCUUAAUUUACUGCAAAAUCAUCAAAUCAACUAAUGAAACUUUAAAUCAAGAAAUACAACGCAGCUUUCCAGCCGAGGUUUCCUUUUACAUUUUGCAAUCCUGUUUCUCCAGCAGUAUUUUCCAUGUAUGUAGGUUUUUACUCUGAGAUGGCUUUUCUUUACUGCUUUCAAACAGUUCCUUUAAGGGACACGGAUUAACUGAGUUGACGGUAUUUUUCACGUGACGAGGGAACGAACAAUAAACAGUAUAGAUCUUCAUGACGUGCCCUAUGUAAUGUUGCUAGAUUUUGCCAAUGAGCGAAUUCUUGACUUGAGUGCGUGGGCGUAACUGGGACACACUUUGCACAGACAAGGUUGCUUUAAUUUAUCGAUUCGGUGUUGUUAAGGCGAAACCAAAC